AUCAGCAAACCAAGCUUAUACGAUAUCGGUGCUAUUACCUACGGCUGGAUAAUCUUCCUAAGCUAACAAGUUUCACAAUCAAUUGCGACCAACAAACCCCAAUCAUCAAAGCAAUGGCUCUCCGAACAACCACUCGAUCCCUCCUGACCCAAGGACGCAACCUCCACUUCGCAACAUCCACCAUUCCAGUUGGUCCCCUUUCGCUCACCCGCCAAUACCAUCCCACCGCAAACCUGCUCUCAAACGAAGAUAGCCAGGACCGGCAGUCCCUCAACCCGCGGCGUUCAGAGGGCACCAAGAGCGGCUUCGACGACGAGGUGGCCGAGAAAUCGGACGCGGCCUUCAACCCCAAGAACACUACCCCAGAAGGCGAGAAGGAGAGCGCCGCGAAGGCGAGCAACGGAAACCCGUUAGAGGCAAGCGGAGCAAACCAGGAGUUUUCAAGAUCUAAGGCGCCGUCGGAGGAGGCGACAGAUAAGUCGGAUAAGAAGACGAAAAGUGUGGGGAGCAAGGGGAAGAAGCAUGGCAAGGUUGCGCCUAUGUGAGCAUUUAUGAGAGGGCGUGGAGGGGGUAGCAAGGGAGGGAUAUAGACUGGCUCCUCCUGUUGAUAUCGGGAGCUGUAUGCUGUUUGGGAAUAAGGCAUGCGUGAUCUAAUAGAGCCGAUGCAUCAUGAUAUUCAACGAUCUCUUCAUACCUCGUCCCACGUUAUUUCUUGAAGACAUCGCUCAUAUGAAGGCGUACUCACGUCAAGAUCAUGGCCGGUUAAACAACCCCCCGCCAACAACGCCGCCGUAAACACACCCACCCACCCCGACCCCUUCC